AUGAACAAAGUGAACCGAGUCUCGAUUAUUUGUGCUUUCUUAGCACUUUUUUGCUUCGUAAAUGUGUUGUCGUUGAGAGGAAAGAGCGGAUCGACUGCCUCGUCUUCUCUUGAAGGAGGAAGCGAAUUUUCCGAGCGUAUAGGGAAUAGCUUAUCGUCAUUCCUUUCCGAAUCGACAUCUUUGGAAGUAAUUGGAAAUGAACUGGCGGACAACAUCGCCAAUGAAAUUCUUAACUCCCUGCAAAAGGAUUCAGCAUCCUUUUUACAAAGUGGGUUUGACGUAAAAAGCCAGUUAAAAACUACUGCCAAGAAGGUCUUAUUGGAAGCGUUAAAAGCAGGAUUAGGGCCAACGGAAGAAAUUAUUGCCUCCUCGAUUAAGCCACCACGUAUGAGCGAAGAAAAAUACUCUUUCUUGGGCCCGGUCCUCAAGAGUCUCUUUAACAAAAUUGAGGACGCUUUACAUAAACCAGUACCUGAUGACAUUUGGGAUUACAAAUCCGAGUAUUUCAACGAAGAGGAAAAAUCUGAAGAUGAUAUCUCUGAGGAUUUCUUAGAUUAA